UUUAUGCAGCGCAGCCGGUUUCCACUCAAGAUGUCCAAGUUCAGUACAGUGAUUUGGCCUAAAGUGAUUUUAUUUGGGGACUCCAUCACACAAUAUUCAUUUCAAGGCAGUGGUUGGGGUGCAGAAAUUGCCAACAAACUAGCGAGAAAAUGUGAUGUUGUAAACAGAGGACUGUCGGGCUACAACACCAGAUGGGCCAAGAUCAUUCUUCCUCGGCUCAUCAACAGCCACAACUCAGCAGAAAACAACAUAGCUGCGGUCACUGUCUUCUUUGGAGCCAACGACUGUACACUGGAAGAUAAAAACGCCCAACAGCAUGUCCCUGUGCAGGAGUAUUCAGAUAACCUGAAGCAGAUCACCAGGCUUCUGGCUUCAGCUGGAGUGUCAGCAGACAGAGUGAUCUUCAUCACCCCUCCACCUGUUCAUGAGGCAGCCUGGGAGAAGGAGUGCAUUUUGAAAGGACAUCCUCUCAAUCGCCACAACUCUGCAGCGGGGCAGUAUGCCCAGGCGUGUGUGCAGGCUGCCGCUCAGUGUGGUACAGACGUCCUGGACCUCUGGACUCUCAUGCAGAAAGAUGGACAGGACUACACAGUCUACCUGUGUGACGGGCUGCAUCUCUCAGAGAAAGGAAACCAGUUUGUGGCUCAGCACCUGUGGGGGCUGCUGGAGAGUCGUGUGGCCGACCUGCCCUUCAUGCUGCCCUACUGGGCGGACAUCGACGCCAAGAGCCCUGAGAGCAGCCUCCUCUGUGACCAGUGAAAGGGACUAAAGGGCUGGAUAAUCUGCCAAGAACAAAACACUCACCAGCUGUGUUGCACUUGUAAAUUCCCUGGUAAACCGAGAGCCUGACACUGGACUUCAUUCCUGCUAAGACACAAUGAAGCAGCUGUGAUUUGUAUGAAUCAGAUGUGAGACCAUGUAUCAAUGUUUAAAAUGCACAAUAAAGAUUUUUAUUUUGA